AUGAAAGUUUUGUCGGAUACAUGGAAGCAACUUAUUGGAUGUAAAUGUGAAAAUAUCUGCCGCCUAGAAGACAAUUGUACUUGUUUAUCGAAAUCUGGAAUGUCAUAUGAUAUGAAUGGUUUACUGACUAAUUUUAUGAAUCCAAUUUUUGAAUGCAACAGUGAAUGUGUUUGUAGUCAAUCAUGCACUAAUCGAGUCGUCCAAAGAUAUUUAAACGAUGCUGAGUUUACAUUUGAGUCUGAGUACCAUACGAAAACUUAUGUAACUAAUCAUCCGGUUAUGGGUAGAGGUUUAAAAGCAGCUUGUGAAAUCCAACGCGGGGAACUCGUUUGUGUUUAUUUGGGUGAAGUAAUUCCAUAUAAAGAAGCUUGCCUAAGAGAAGCCCUUCAACUUUCAUGUUAUGGUCGCAAUUUUAUCAUGAUAAUGCGUGAGUAUAGUGACCAUCAUCUAGUGUCAGAGACGUGUGUUGACGGGAAUUCCGAAUCGUGGGGUUCAGUGAAGUCUAAAGCACGCCUAAUUAACCAUUCUUGUACACCUAAUCUAACAGUAGUUCCUGUUCGAGUUGAUAGUUUCAUUCCCUAUUUAGCAUUAUUUGCUAACAAAGUUAUCUUUGAAGGGACACAACUGUCAUAUGAUUAUGCUCAGUCUGUGCCCAGCGACAAAAUACGAUUAUCCAACACGCUUUGUUUAUGCAGCUCGGACUCCUGUCGAGUAUACAUGCCUGGAGUAUAA